GGGCUUGGGGGACUUCUGGAGUCCGCGAAAUCGGCCAAGUCAGCUACGUUCCUGCUGCGGCCGCCGCGUUCCCAGGCCUUGGGCGAUGGAGAACGGAGCGGUGUACAGCCCCACCACGGAGGAGGACCCGGGCCCCGUCAGAGGCCCCCGGAGCGGCCUCGCUGCCUGCUUCUUCCCGGGGCGGCUCGUUUGGUACCGGCAUGUUCUCAAAGGCUUGCAGCUGGUGCUGUCUCUCUUGGCCUUUGUCUGUGAAGAAGUUGUAUCACAGUGUACUUUGUGUGGAGGACUUUACUUUUUCGAAUUUGUAAGCUGCAGUGCCUUUCUUUUGAGUCUCCUCAUGUUGAUUGUGUAUUUCACUCCACUUUAUGAGAAAAUCGAUGCCACCAAAAUAAAAUCAUCGGAUUUUUAUAUUACUCCGGGAAUAGGAUGUGUAUUUUUGCUGGCAUCCAUCAUCUUUGUGUCCACGCAUGACAAGACUGCAGCUGAAUUUGCUGCAAUCGUGUUUGGGUUUAUAGCAAGUUUUAUGUUCCUGAUUGACUUUCAUGUUAUGCUCCGUGAAAAACGACAGGAGUCCUCGCUGAGAAAACCUGAAAAUACCACUGCGCCAUCAGCCCUCACUGAACCACUUAAUGCUUAAAGACCCUGAGAGGCGGCUGUCCCGUGAGGUAGCAAUCUGUGUCAUGAUGCCUCAGCUGUGGCAGAAGCUCAUGUAGAAUUUGCAUUGUUUAAACCACUUUUGGACAGUAGGAGGAAGGGCAGGAAUGCAGUUUUAUCAAUACUGCGUCAGUCACCACAGAUUGGGCCAGAGAGUUUUAAAAAACUUAUUUAAAAAAUAACAUUAGAUAAAAACUAAUCAAAUGGAGAUUUGGCGGUGAGUGGGAGGUGGAAGACAAUUGUUCCUUCAAAUCAGACCGGUCAAAAACGAUUUUGUCAUUAUGUUAUAGGGCAUUCUGUUACUAGGCUUAGCUUCCAAAUUAUACUUUAUAGCUGUAUAAACAGCAUGAUUAUAUUCAUCAUUUAUAAAUUCUCUUUUAAAUUAAUUUGCUUAGCUAGUAGUUUGUUUUGAUGAUUAGAUUAUGUUCUGUUAAUAGGACUUUAAUGUAUAUUUAAGAAACUAGUGUUUUAAACGUUGGUCUAGGUAUUUUUCUUUAACAUGUAAUCCCUGGCUUUACUAUAUCUCACUUAGCCUUACAAAUUACAUUACAGUGGUUUAGGAUAAUUGUUAACUGUUUUGGAGGCCUUUGUAUAGCCUAAUAUAAAAUACUGUAUAUGUAUAGUCAAAUAUAAAAUGGAAGAUGUUGGUAUUUUAUUUUAUGUGUAUAAAAGCAACAGUUUCAGCAAUCUCAUGUUUAUAUGGCACUUUGGCUGUCGAGCCAAGAAAAAAAAAACUGUUAUGUAACUCAUAAAAAAAAAAAAUGAAGAAACUGCUAUUACUACCAAGGACCAAAGAUAAGAAAGACUUUUUGCCCAAGAUAGUGAAAGUAAUUAUACAGACAGGUUUUGACCACUUACCAGAUGCGUGAAGGGAUGAGUUAGAGAAUGGUCCAUUCCCCUGUUGACAUAUGAUUAUUUUUACUAAAAUGAACUCAGCUCUGCAGGUCUUCUUUAGUGUUUUCUUUGGAGCCGGUCAUCUUUUUAGAAACCCAGCCUUUGAUUUUUCAUCUGUUCAAGUUGUUCUCUGUUCUGUCUCCUUGUCAGACAGAAUUGGAGUCAGGAGCUGCCUCAUCGUCUGAUACAGGUGGGCCUCUGGUUCUCUUUUUGUCAUUUGUCUUCAGGUGGUCUGGAAUCUUUGGCCUUUUUAAUUGUGAAGGGUAUAUAGGAGGGUCUUUACGGUUCUCUUCCCACAUAAGAACUGCACUAGUUUCUCUUUGGAGGUGACCGUCUUAAGAAAAUAAACAUUCAGAGAACCCUGUGCAGAUUAAUACUGGGUAUAAGGGAGCAGUCAGAACAUUCUCAAGAGUUACUUUAUAACUACUUCUGAUAAUUUGGAAGAAUUGUCUAUUGCUGGCAGCUGUCUCAGAACCAGGCAGACAGGGCACUUUCUGACCAAGUGGUUCACAAGACAAGACCUUUCUUGCAUUAUUCCUAGAGUUGUGACCUGAAUCUCUAGUGCUAAGGUGAUAAGCCCAUGUGUCAGGUCUUUCCAUACUUAGGUUGAGGUCUCCAGGGCUAAGGUUUUCUAUCUGAACCAGUGGAAUCAUGUUUCCAGUGAUCCAGUUUAAUGACCCCACUCCUUUUUCAGUUUUUCUUCUGCCAUUUAUGUGUCGUAAGUGGGUUUCAGUUGCAUGAAUGUGGCUAAUGUGGUUCUCAGGAAUUGGUCAGUAUGUCCAAAUAUACCUUCUCUCUCUCUCUCUCUCACUGACUACCAUACCUAUCAGUUUGGAUGGUGGUGCUAGUGAUGAUGUCACUUCUUUCUAUUUGGGAGAUAAUGAAACCAAUUAUGGAUGCUGUUUUUGUUGGGUAUGUCAUCUAAGAGAGGAGAUAUAGCAAAGUUUUGGGUUUAAGAAUAAAGACUGGUUCAGAUAACCAGUUUAUGGUAAGGACAUUGUAGAAUUUCACAUCAGACUGUACCAUUGCCAUUUUAAGUGUCAUCUGUACCCAUCUAGAAUUCAUAGCAAAUUACCUGGGCUACCUCAGGGUCACCACCUAUGCCUUGGGUGUGGUGAAGAUUAAGAGAGAUAUUCUCAGCUGCCCUCACAUAUGUAUGUAGCAUGUCAGCUGUGCUGUUUCUGAGAUUUCACCUCCGUUUGUUUCAUUGGUGCACAAGUGGAUCUCUUAGUUGGCCACUUAAUUCCUUCCUUUUCAGAAAGAUACACCAUCGUAUGUUUAUUGGUAUUUUGGGUCCCUCUGGUAACCUGCCUUCACACUGGUUUUUAUGAGACCCAUGAAUGGUUAGCUAGCCUCUCUCUUAUAUUAUAGAAGGAAAUAAGAGUAAAAAGACUGUUUUAGUAAAUAAGUUCAAGGAAAACUUGGGACCAGAAACCACUAUUAUAUAUAGAAAAGGGCAAACUUGGAAAACUCAAACUUAAGAUAAUUUUUUAUUAAAGCUAUGGUAAAUUUAAUUUGUUACAUUUUAUAUAAAUUGUUUAGAAUUGUUCUUAAUUACAAGGGAAACGUAUUUAGAGUACAAGAAUUUUAUAAUUACUGUACUUAAAUUAUGUUCUGUUUGGGGACCAGGAAAUGUAUUUUUACAUUGUUUAUUGCCAAUCAUUUUUCUAUUUGUCAAA